AUGUUUUGUUGCCUUGGUAAAAGAGACACACGUGUAUGUCCGUUCUGCCAUAUUAAAGAAGCAGUUGGAGAACGAUGGGUAACCGAGACAGAAGAUCUUGUAGCCUUUCAAGAUCGUUCACCUUCAGCACAACUUCAUUUACUUGUCAUACCAAAGAACCACAUCAAAACAGUCAAAGAUUUAGGUCAGGGCGAUAUACCUUUAUUGCAGCAAAUGAUUGAAUUAGGCAGGCGACUAUUAAAAGAAAAUGGUUUCAAUCCCGACAACACAUCUCAAACACGGUAA